ACGACGUUUAGGACAUCGUUAGAACGAAUAGUUGCCUUUCGUUUUGUUUGAUCAGUUUAUAUUGGACUUAUUUUUAGUAAUUUAUUAACGUUUAUAGUAAACGUACACGACUUGCUGAGCAGCGACCAAAAGUGAAAUGAGAAAACGAACAGAAGAUAAAGUGAGAUCAGUUCCCAAAGAACGCAAACGAAAACAUUUUAUGAAUAUUAUUGAUGAUUUCCAUGAAGUUACAAAUAACGAAGUUAGUGGUAAGACGGUGUCGAAACUUAUCAAGUCAAGUGGAGGAUUGAAACGUAUAUCUUUUCAAUUAAUUGAAGAAGAAAAGGAAGACACUGGCAUUGGUCUUAAUGGUAGUCCAAGGACUGAAAAGUCAAGACAAUCCAAAUAUGAAAAGUCUGGGAAAUGCUCCAAACGGAAGACCAGUUUCGUUCAACGGAAACAAAAGCCCAAAGAAACAGCAGUAACAGGCUUAGACAUAUCAGAUGUGGAAAAACAAAGAACGAGCAUACAUCAGAAACUUACUUCUCUUGUAAACCCUGUUUUUACAGAGGAAGAAGAGUGUGAUGUUAGUGAAAGAGCAGAUGAGUACUCGUCAACAAUACUGCCACAUAAGCAUUAUUUUUUGUUGAAAGAAAAUCUCAAAGAAGCAGGAGCUCGGAACUUAGAAACUCUAACAGAAGUAACAGAUUUCGUUUUCAGCAACCAUUUAAUGGUUCAGAAGAAAAGACGCCGCUCAUACUCGAACAUUGACCGCUUUGUCACACAUCACACUGAUGAUAAUUAUUCAGAUAAAACACAGAUAUUGCCAGAAGGAACAAAACUUUUGAAGCCUCCCAGUAAGCUGGUAGAACUUGUUGCCCAAUCUAUUGAUGAAAGUCCAGAUGGAAUGCUUCAAGUUCAGCAGAUCUACACUGUACUACAAAACAGGUUUCCAUAUUUUCGAUACAUGGAUAAAUCUGCCAUAAGUAGCUGGAGGAGUUCUGUUAGGCAUGCACUAUAUCAGAAAUGGUUUCAGAAAAUCAAAUUCAGUUUGGAGUCUAUUAACAGCAAGGGAUGCUUCUGGAGCAUGAACUAUUCAUUGAGUGCCAGUGACUGGGCCAUAUCUCAAAGUCCAGCGUGUAGACUGAAAAACUUCCCCGUCCCAUCCAUUGAUCCAAAGCUGACAGACAGUGAUGUGGAAGAACAGACUGAAUCAAUGUCAGAAAGUAACACAGACCAUGGUUAUCAAUCGGAAACUGAAGAUAUGAAGGAUGUUAUUCAAAUAGCAAAUGAAUAUGGUGUAACCAUUUCUGAACCUGGUCAAGAUGCCAGAGAAGAACAUUUACCACACUUAAACAUCCCAUCUCCCGUGAAAGAUCCUGAUCCCAUGCUGAUAGCUUGUGUUCCAGACUGGAAUAAAACCCCUAAAGGAAAAACCAACUGUUUUCUUGAUGGUUCUCGUGUGACUUUCAGUUGCUUGAGUCCUUACAGUGGUUCUUCUGCCUGUGAAGCUUUCCAGACCCCUCCAUGUUCUCCGUCACCAGCAUGGGAACCAUCUCAAAAUGAAUUUUAUCUCUUUUCGCCACUUCACAGUUCACUGUCAUUUACAAUGCAGACCUUUUCUGAUCAGUUUCACACACCAAAGUCAACAAUACAUUUUAAUGACUUACAAUUUUAGGCAAACACUGUAGAAGGUAUUAAAUAUUUUAAAACAGAAUUCUUAGCAGGAUUAAUAUUGCUAGAAGGAAAUGCAGUUCGUGUUAAACUUUUUUUUGGUCAUUUAUUCAGCAUGGCUUUUCAUUGAACAACAAUGUUUUUCUCAGAGUUUUAUUUACUUUUCAAAGAAAAAGAUUAUGGGUAUUGUCACUUGGAUGUGUAUCAACUUUUCCCAGUUUUAAAAAUAAGUUAAAGCAGUUACAUGUAGUUUCUUUACAU